UUUGAUUCCGAGGGAAGGAAUGUGCUGAUAAGUCAGCGUGUGGCAACAGAAGAGGAGCAGGGAGAGUUCGGAGCGCUGCAAGGACCCCUGGCAGAGGAUGAGGAUAGGAGUUAGACUGCGUGGGUCACUGACCGCUGGCCUCUCGCUCAUCGUAAGGCUGUGCACCAUCAUCAUCCUCUUCAGCGACACGGACUCAACUUGGACACAGCGCCAAGAAGGAAGAAGUGUUUUUCUUCAGGAUGCAGCAGAUACCUUCCUGAUGUAUGAGUUCUUGUCAGGGGGCUUGGUGAUCGGGGAGAACCACACGGUGACUCUGAAGGACGAGGAAUUAUCUUCAAUGCGUCCGGCCAAAGCUUUCCACCGCAUAGUGUACACACGCGUUCCGAAAACCCCCUCCGCCAUUGCCAGGACCCUCGCUGACCUGCCCAGCAUGGGAGAAACACUGGAAAUGGACACUUUCGAGCAACUGCUGCUGGCCUCGGUCUACGUUGCUCACCGAGGUCAGCGCACCGGCGCGGAGAGCCGCCAGGCCUGGGGCCACCUCUUCUGUCAGCUGGUGGCCGCCAUCACCCACGACCUGACCCGCCAGGUGGUCAGGUGUUAAGGCUCUUGGCUGCUGUCCCCACCCAACACCCGCCCCUCCAACCCAGACACUACAAGGCAGCAACAACACACAGGAAUUCCGGAAUGAAAAUGCCGGAACGCCUCAGAAAGCUGGGCUGAAGCUGCGGAGAGAGAAAGGGUCCUCACCUCAUUCAUUCAAGGAGCGUCCAUCGGGUCUGGGAAGGGGUAUUGGUGUUGGUUUAUUAUUGUCACUUGUACUGAGGUACAGUGAAAAACUUGUCUUGCAAACCGAUCGUACAGGUCAAUUCAUUACACAGUGUAGUUACAUUGAGUUAGUACAGAGUGCAUUGAUGUAGUGCAGGUAAAAACAAUAACCGUACAGAGUAAAGUGUCCCAGCUACAGAGUAAGUGCAGUGCAAUAAGGUGCAAGGUCACAACAAGGUAGAUCAUGAGGGUCAGAGUCCAUCUCAUCGUAAAAGGGAACUGUUCACAGUGGGGUAGAAGCUGUCCUUAAGCCUGGUGGUUCGUGCCCUCAGGCUCCUGUAUCUUCUACCCGA